GCAGCGGUCAAAGGCUUGGAGGCCAGGGCAUACCCAGUGGCAUACCCAGGUUUGAGAUUUUUUUAUUGUGGUUCAAGUGUCAAUGCCUACAAAAUGCUUGCUUUUGAAACGGUCUUCAAGCAUUUGCAAACCUAUGGUUUGAGAUGGCUCUGUCUUUUGCUUUGGGAGGCACAGGAGAGUGUUGCCAGCAUAGCUGCAGCCUACUCGCUGGGCAAGCAGGAGAGUCAAGCAGCGAUUUGCCUGCUGCACAAAAUGCAAUGGACGCAGCCAAAGUUCAUCAGCCAUGAAAGUAUUUCGGGCGGGUACUUGAACGACAAGUUUUGCAGUGCUACAGGUGUGUUUGCACCUUGGAAAGCGGAGUUGACCAACUCUGAAGAGCUGACGCAAGUGCUGCUAACGCUGAACGAAAGGGCCGAGAACGAGCAGCGGAGUCCUCCAGCCAAUGCCCUUUGUGAUACGGAGAAGCUCUGCGCGUGGGCAAAGAACUAUGAUCUCUACACUUCUCAACAGGGAGCGCUGGACUACAAGCACAUCAACGACCGCUACAUCCGAGGAAAGAAGACUGUGGAUGACUGGAUGAACAAGAAGUACCAGACACAGAACCACCCGCAUUGCCGCUACAUGCGCUGUUGGUGCUGGGACUCCCUGGUCCAAAUCAAAGGCAUUGUGCAGCAACGUGGGGUGGCAGCUACGACUACCAUCAUCCUGGAACUCUUGGAGGGCAUGGAUUUGAGCCCUGAGACCCCACUGUUGAUUGUUGAUUUGGUCCCUUCAAGGUUCAAUGAGUGGGGCUUGGCUGCCUGGGACCUUCAGCGCCGCACCCUGACCCAAGAGGACAAGUUCGACCGGCAGCCUGAUGUGCGCUUCUUGGGCCUCUACCACAACGACCAGGCAGCGGAGAUGGGAGCAGCCUGCAGCUACCACAAGACUCAAUCUGAGAAGCUCAAUGCUAGGAUUCCAGACUUGGUGAAGGAUAAGUUUCAAUCGCAAGCUGAUGUAGUGAAGUCUUUGAUGGAUGAGAUUGAAGAGAAAAGGGACAUGGCAUUAGCUGUGAAGCAGUGGUCUUCAGGCGACGGGCCUGUGCAGUCGUCUUGCAUCCCUUGGCUGGUCACUUGCGACAAGACUCUUGUGGCCAUGAUUGGGGAU